AACAUUGAAACAUUGAUCUCUUUCUCCUUUCAAAAGAGAAAAAUGAGCAAAACCAUAAUUCUUCUGGCGUUAUUUCUGUCUAUAGUUCUCAAUGUGCAGAACAGUUUCGUCGUCGCUGAGAGCAAGGUUUAUAUAGUUUACUUGGGAGAGAAGGAACAUGACAAUCCUGAGUCUGUCACAGAAUCUCACCAUCAAAUUUUGUGGUCACUUCUUGGAAGCAAAGAGGCUGUCCUUGAUUCAAUAGUGUACAGUUAUCGACACGGCUUUUCAGGCUUUGCAGCCAAACUGACUGAUUCCCAAGCCCAGCAAAUUUCUGAACUGCCUGAAGUAGUGCAAGUCAUACCAAAUACAUUAUACGAAAUGACAACAACAAGAACUUGGGAUUACUUAGGCAUAUCUCCAGGAAAUUCAGAUAGUCUCCUACAAAAGGCCAACAUGGGGUACCAAGUAAUCGUUGGAGUCCUCGACACAGGAGUGUGGCCAGAGUCUGAAAUGUUUAAUGACAAAGGCUAUGGACCAAUACCAAGCCGAUGGAAAGGCGGUUGCGAAUCUGGAGACCUCUUCAACGGCUCGAUUCAUUGCAACAGAAAGCUGAUAGGAGCAAAAUACUUUGUUGAUGCCAACAAUGCUGAAUUUGGAGUCUUGAACAAAACAGAGAACCCUGACUACCUUUCCCCAAGAGACAUUAACGGUCAUGGCACGCAUGUUGCCUCGACCAUCGGUGGUUCUUUUCUGCCCAAUGUAAGCUACUUAGGCCUCGGACGAGGAACUGCAAGAGGCGGUGCUCCAGGUGUUCAUAUAGCUGUUUAUAAGGUUUGCUGGCUUCAAAGAGGGUGUUCUGGAGCUGAUGUCUUAAAAGCAAUGGAUGAAGCUAUCCAUGAUGGUGUUGAUAUUUUGUCACUCUCUUUGCAAACUAGUGUUCCUUUAUAUCCAGAAACCGAUUCGAGGGAGCUUACUUCUGUGGGAGCAUUUCAUGCGGUCGCAAAGGGAAUUCCUGUUGUAGCUGCAGCUGGUAAUGCUGGCCCGACGGCUCAGACCAUUUCGAAUGUAGCUCCUUGGGUCUUGACAGUGGCUGCAACCACUCAAGACCGUUCCUUUCCUACAGCCAUUACACUUGGGAACAAUAUAACAAUACUGGGUCAAGCCAUCUUUGCCGGUCCAGAACUCGGUUUUGUUAGUCUUACUUACCCAGAGUUUUCCGGUGACUGCGAGAAGCUCUCUUCUAAUCCCAACAGUGCAAUGCAAGGAAAAGUUGUGUUGUGUUUCACAGCAUCAAAACCAUCAAGUGCUGCUAUAACCACAGUACGCAAUGCCGGUGGUCUCGGGUUAAUCAUUGCAAGAAAUCCGACCCACUUGCUUAGUCCAACUCGUAACUUUCCAUAUGUUUCCGUAGACUUCGAGCUCGGGACCGACAUUUUGUACUAUAUACGCUCCACAAGAUCUCCCAUUGUAAACAUACAGGCUUCAAGAACAUUUUUUGGACAAUCCGUGUCGACAAAGGUAGCAACUUUCUCAUCAAGAGGACCUAAUUCAGUCUCUCCAGCGAUUCUUAAGCCGGAUAUAGCAGCACCUGGAGUUGUUGUGCUCCUCAAAUCAUUACAUCCUGAUUGGUCUCCUUCUGCUAUCAAAUCAGCUAUUGUUACCACAGCUUGGAGAACUGAUCCAUCUGGAGAGCCGAUUUUCGCAGACGGGUCAAGCCGCAAACUAGCAGAUCCAUUUGAUUACGGAGGAGGCCUCAUAAAUCCCGAGAAAGCUGUAAAGCCAGGUCUCAUAUACGACAUGACCACAGAUGACUACGUUAUGUACAUGUGCUCUGUUGAUUACAGUGACAUUUCAAUUUCUCGAGUCCUCGGAAAAACAACAGUCUGUCCUAAUCCCAAACCUUCUGUUCUUGAUCUCAACUUGCCUUCCAUCACAAUCCCAAACCUCAGAGGCGAAGUCACUCUCACAAGAACCGUCACUAACGUUGGACCCGUUAACUCAGUCUACAAGGUUGUAAUCGAUCCUCCAACUGGCGUUAAUGUGGCUGUUACGCCAACUGAACUAGUGUUCGACUCUACAACUACAAAGCGAUCUUUCACUGUUCGGGUCUCGACUACACACAAAGUAAACACUGGUUACUAUUUUGGAAGCUUGACUUGGACUGAUAAUCUUCACAAUGUAGCUAUCCCAGUAUCUGUAAGAACACAAAUCUUGCAACGAUACUAUGACGAAAACUGAUUUAAGCCAAAAACCAGAUUUGUUAAGGAGAACUGCUCAAAUACUUUUUACUAUAUAUAUUGUUGUGUUCAAGAAAUAUGUAAAGCAUCA